AUGGAUGAGCCCCGGCGAAGCUCGAUCUACAGCAUCCAACUCGGAGCCGAUGGAAAGCCGUUGACGGGACGGAAUCAUGAAGACGACAACAAAGAGGGUGGCGAGGCGAAAGAGACCGGUGAUACGCGGGCUGCCGCCUCCUCGAAGAAAGGUGUCUACGGCAAGCGGAUGAAGGCCGCCGAGGUGCCCCCAGCACCCCCAGCCGCCCGAGCAGGCCACCAACAGGACCGCGAUCUCCCCGCCGCCGAAGUCGAGCUCCAAGGCCGCGGCGAGUGCAAAGAAGACCAAGAAGAGUCACAAGAAGAAGCGAAGCACCGCGCACAAGGAUGCAACGAUUUCUUGCAGAAGCCUGGCGGUACUCGUCUCAAGGGAUGCGGAGGUUGCCCGGAACUCGCCGCGCCUGUGCAUCAGCUUUGCCACCAAUGUGACAACCGCAAGAAGAGCCCGGCCAAGCAGACGUGCAAUCCCUACUGCGGCGUCUACAAAACGUGCCUCAUUCUUGGUCCCGAUCCCCGCUUGAGCCUGGAUGAUGGCAUGAAGGUUCUUCAGGGCUUAAACGCCUUACGGUGCAACAUCUGCUGGCGGAACGACAUUGUCGAGGUGCUGGCCAAGCGCAGCCAGAUCUACUCGGUGCAGGUGGGCCCGGAUGGUGCCCCGUUGACCGGAGCGCAAAAGUCGCCGCCCCCCUCGAUGCCACUCAAGAACAAGCUCACCCCGUCGACGGUUUCCGGUACCGGCAAGAAGGAAAAGCCGAAGACGUCGAACUCGGGGAAGAAGUCGCGAAAGAAUGUGGUGAACAAGCUCAAACAGUGCCUCGCGUGUCCGGAAAACGCAGCCCCGCGCAAUACACUUUUCCAUCAGUGUAUUCACCGGAAAAAGUCGACUGGCAAGGGGCUCUGCAACGCGUAUUGUGAUGCCUACAAGGAAUACGCCCAGGCGGGCCUCGACCCGCGAGUUUCGGCGAAGACGGCCCAGCUGCUUUUGGUGGCCCUCGAGAAGAAUCGCUGCAACAAUUGCUUCCGCGCUGGCCUCACGAAGAUCACCCAGCACAGCCAGCAGCCG